UAGAUUUUUAAUUUAGUAUUUUGAUAUUAAAUUUUUAAUAGUUAUUUUUUAUUCAACAAAAUGUCACAAAUGCAGCCAAAAUUACGAAUGUUUUUUGAUUAUCUGCAGGUGCGCCAGCGCCUGGUGCUCUGCGGCUUCGCCCUGUUGGCAAUUGUGAAUGCCUAUUGCAUGCGCUUGUGCCUGGACUUCUCGCUGAAUCGCAUAGCCAGGGAUUGCAAUGAAGUGACGGCCGUCCAAUGGGAGAAUGCGCAGAGGGCGAAUUCCUGGCGCACAAAUAAUCCAUAUACGACGAGAAGCGUCCUAUCGGCCAUAAAUACCUUUGCUGAGAAGCAUGCCCAGUGGGCGAGUAGGGCAAUAGCCACUCCUAAGAGGAAAAAGUUUUCCAGGAUGAAGAGUGGCAUGGAUUAUCCGCCACAGCCACAACCACAGCCACAGCCGCAGAGAAGGUUUGAGAUGGUGCCAAUUACUCUGGCCAACAGUUCCGAUAUCUGGACAAAGGAGGUACAGGUGCUCAUCACAGUGUCCUUCUAUGCGGGCUACAUGCUCACCCACAUUCCGGGCGGUCGUCUAGCGGAGCGUUAUGGCGGCAAAUGGAUAUUGGGCGCUUCAAUACUAUCGUCUGGCAUUUUAACGCUGCUGACGCCCACCGUGGUGCGCAGUGGAGGACCCAAGUUUGUGAUGCUGCUCCGCAUGCUGAUUGGCUUGUUCGAGGGACCCACCUUUCCGGCUGUGAGCGCAAUGCUGGCUCAAUGGGUGCCGGAGAACGAGCGCGCACUGCUGUGCAGCUCUGUGCUGAGCGCUGGUGAAAUAGGCAUCAUAUUCAUGCAUCUGGUCAGCGGGUUUACGAUCGACGAAAAGGACUGGGCGGUAGCCUUCUAUGUGGUUGGCGGUGGAGCGAUACUGUGGUUCCUGGGCUUUGUUGUGAUCUGCUACAGCAAGCCGGACGAAUCGCCGUAUAUACAGAACAGUGAGCGGGAGUACAUUAAGAGUCAAGUGUGUGAGACGCUGGAGACGGAGGAUGAGGAUGCCAAUGAGGUUGUGCCCUGGAGCAACAUGCUCAUGAAUGCGCCCAUUUGGGCGCUGAUAGCGUCCAACAUGCAGCACGACUGGAAUCAACAGGAGUUCGCCAAGGAACUGGAGCAGAUGCUGCAAGAGAUCGAAACCAAUGGUAAAUCCUAUUGGAGCGAACUGGCGAAUAGCAUUCAGCUGAUAGCGCCACAUCUGUACAGCUGGCUGGCAUCCCUAACCUCCGGCUCGUUCAGCGACUAUCUGAUUUCCGAGGGCAUCUUAAAUCGCACACAGACGCGACGUCUAAUGUCCUGGCUGGUCUUCAUUAGCGUGACUAUGUAUUUUAUCCAUGACAAGGAGAGCUCGGCACGUCCCUGGAGCAUACUGGCCUUUGGCGCCUAUUAUGCCGGCAUCAAGCUGCUGCCGCUGGACAUGAGUCCCAACUUUGCCGGCACUCUGAUGGGCAUCACGAAUGGCUUGGGCGCGCUGCCCGGACUGGUGUUGCCCAUGCUGGAGAAACUGGAGGAAAACUAUGCCAUCAUUGGCAGCAUUCGCGCAGCCCUGUGGCUAAUCUGUGCUGGUUACAUAUCGGGCGACGUACAGUCCUACAAUCAUUUGGACUCAACGGCGAAUCGGUCCUGAGCACAAACGUUUUUCAAUUAGAAAUGUUUAUAAUUGUAUUGUAGCUAGGCUAACAUAUUUAACUAUAUCAUAGAGCUUUCGC